UAGAGAAAACCCGAGGGAUUGCCGCCUCCCAGGACGGCCAGCAGAGCCCAGCCACCAUGAGUGAAAUUCCUAAGGAGUCCUUGGAGGCCAUCUUGUUGGAGUUAGAAUGUCACUUUACAUGGAAUUUACUGAAAGAAGACAUCGAUUUGUUGGAUGUAGAAGAUACGAUUGGGCAGCAGCUUGACUUUCUUACUACAAAACCCCGACUCACUCUUUAUAACCUAUUGGCUUAUGUGAAACACUUAAAAGGCCAAAAUAAAGAUGCUUUAGAGUGCUUGGAGCAAGCAGAAGAAAUAAUCCAUCGAGAACACUCAGACAAAGAAGAAGUACGGAGUCUAGUCACUUGGGGAAAUUAUGCCUGGGUGUAUUUUCACAUGGACCAACUUGAAGAAACACAAAAGUAUAUAGACAAGGUUGCAAACGUCUGCAAGAAAUCAUCCAGUCCUUCUAACUACAAGCUGGAGCGCCCUGAGAUUGACUGUGAGAAAGGGUGGGCACUCUUAAAAUUUGGAGGAAAGUAUUACCAAAAGGCUAAAGGAGCUUUUGAGAAGGCUCUGGAGGCAGAAGCUGACAAUCCCGAAUUUAACAUUGGCUAUGCCAUCACGGUGUAUCGGCUGGACGACUUGGACAGAGAAGGUUCGGUAAAGAGCUUUUCUCUGGGCCCUUUAAGGAAGGCUGUUACCCUGAACCCAGAUAACUCCUACAUUAAGGUUUUCCUGGCCCUGAAGCUUCAAGAUGUACAUGCAGAAGCUGAAGGGGAAAAGUAUAUUGAAGAAAUACUGGACCAAAUAUCAGCCCAGCCUUAUGUCCUUCGCUAUGCAGCCAAAUUCUAUCGCCGAAAAAACUCUUGGGACAAAGCUCUUGAACUUUUGAAAAAGGCCUUAGAGGUGACACCAACCUCUUCUUUCCUGCAUCACCAGAUGGGGCUUUGCUACAGGGCACAAAUGAUCCGGGUCAAGAAGGCCACACGCAACAGGCCUAAAGGAAAGGACAAACUCAAAGUCGAUGAGCUGAUUGCGUUUGCUAUAUUUCAUUUCAAAGCAGCUGUGGAACGGGACUCCAUGUUUGCAUUUGCCUACACAGACCUGGCCAACAUGUAUGCUGAGGCAGGCCAGUACAGCAAUGCUGAAGACAUUUUCCAGAAAGCCCUUCUUCUGGAGAAUAUAACUGAUGAUCACAAACAUCAGAUCCACUACCACUAUGGCCGCUUUCAGGAAUUUCACCGAAAAUCAGAAAAGACUGCCAUCCAUCAUUAUUUAGAAGCCUUAAAGGUCAAAGAAAGGUCAUCUCUGCGUACCAAACUGACAAGUGCUCUGAAGAAAUUAGCUACCAAGAGACUUGGCUACGAUGCCUUCGAUGUGCAGAGUUUAAGUGCCCUUGGGUUCCUUUGUAAGCUGGAGGGAGAAAAGAGGCAAGCUGCUGAGUACUAUGAGAGGGCUCAGAAGUUAGAUCCUGAGAACGCUGAAUUCCUAACUGCUCUCUGUGACCUUCGACUUUCCAUUUAAAUACAUUCCUAGAAAGUUAGUUCUGAGCCCUGCCCCCUAGUUUUUGGUUUUCAUAUUUUUGAUUUUCCAUUGUUUUAAUCCAUUGCUCAUUAUAGAUCCAAUAUUUACUGAAUGGUUAUUGUGUAUCAGGCAUUUUACUAAAUGCUUUAUAUAUGUUAUGAUG